AUGGAUGUGGACACACGAUCGAUCUACAGUAAAAAGGAUGUUGGCGAAAAGAUUGCUGAGUAUUUGGCGGAAAACGGUUUACCAGGUAGAGAUGGAAAAGGUGUAGAAACUCAGAUCUGUACCCUGGAAUCGACCUUCACGGUGGCCCAAGACUUUCGCACCAGCACUGGCCAAGGGAUUUUGGAAGAAUUUGAAAAACAAGCUCAAGAGGAGAAGAUCGAAAAUGGCUACAUAUCCGAUAGUGAUGAGUGGAGGUCAAUAGAGCAUUCAACCAAAUCCAAAUUCGACCAGCUUUUGUUCCAAAGAUGCUCAUUCUACUACGAUCUCCUACCCUUUAUGUCAACCCGAACCAAUGUCAUACCACAGGCUAUACGAGAGAGUGGAGAAGUUCUAGAUGAAGAAGAUGUCCUUCCCUCUACAAAGCGCGCUCGGAACGAUCUCGAACCCUCAAACACGCCUUGGGAAAGCCCUUUGGAUCAAGAGGACGACUUCACUCAAGAUAUAGACAGCACUCUCAACUUUCUUACAGACUCUCAAAACCGAAGAGCUUCACCUACCCCAAACGAUGAAAGUGAAAGAGGAAGUGCACGUUGUCCACCUGGAAGACCAUCGAGACGUCCAAAAGGACUUACUUUGGAUCAUGACCUACCUAAGUCAUCCUGCAGCUCUGCGUCAGAUGUACACAAUCUAUUAUCAUCUCAACUACCUUCACGUGAUGAAAGAGCAGAGAGAAACAAACUCGAGAAAGACCGAAUGAUCUUCGAAGAAAACUACAUGCAAGCUGAACAAGAUGCACGAAAGGAGGAGCUCAAAACCCAGGCUAAAUUGGCUGAUGCGGUUUCUCGUCACCUUGCAGGAGGUGAUGACCAUCUCGACGAAAACGGCCGAGCCGAACGAUCUCAACUGAAGCUUGAACAAGAUCGAGUUCAACUCAAGCUCACUCAGGCUCAGUUGGCUCGUAGUCGGGAAGACCUCAUCACGGCCCGAAGUGAAAGGAAAUUGGCUAUGUUAGCGAAAUACAAGGCUUUGGGCUUUUCAAUCGAGGAAGCCAAAAAGGAAGUCGAAGAGGUCGAAAAUCAAAUUCGAAGGGAUCUCGAAGAAGAAUCUCAAGGCUAA